CUAAAACUAAUUUGACCCAAACUGAAGUAGAUACUUAGCUGAGUUAGAUAUAAAAGACACUGGACAUAAAAUUGAAGAAACAAAGUACGGUAGCCACUGUACUCGUCGUUUGUCUGCUGCGGUUGUGAAAAUCGGAGUUGCGCAGAAGCUGAACUGAGGCAGUUAACAUGUUGCAGCUUUUUCUUGUUUGUUAAUGGCACCUCUAACAAUGGACAUUCUGGAUAAUGUGGCUACUUUAGUGCUGUGUUUUUGUUUACAUAUAGGGGCUUAUGUAGGAAGAAAUCGUGGCCCUAUGGUUGUUUUUAAUUGAAGAGAGGGAUUUAUAUCGUAUAUGUACCCUUUGGUAAAGCAAAUACGUAACAUUCGUAGAACGCUCACUUAUUAUUCUCACUUGCUAGACCAUUGCCUCUCUUUAAAGUCGGUCAAGCUUACCAAAGUGGUUCAUGGGCAGUUGAUAAAAGUUGGCUUCAAUGGCCAUACAUUUCUAGGUAAUCGUUGCCUCGAACUUUAUACUCGUUGUCAGUUCAUUGAUGAUAUUGUCAAAGCAUUUGGUGACAUAACAAGGAAGAAUAGCAUUACUUGGAACAUCUUUUUGAAGGGUUUGCUGAAUUGUGGUUACAGUGACAUGGCUCAUUCCUUGUUCCUGAGAAUGCCUGAACGAGAUGUUGUGAGUUGGAAUUCUAUGCUUUCAUGGUAUGCUUCAUGUGGACAUACUGAUUUUGUGUGGAAAAGAUUCCGGGAAAUGCUAUGUAUGGGAGUGAAGCCAAGUGGGUAUACUUACUCAAUUAUUGUAUCUUUGGUGUUUGAUGCCCUCUCGGGCAAGGAGCUUCAUGGUAGGAUGAUAAGAAGUGGUUUAAUCACGGAGAAUGUGGUGCUAGGGAAUUCUUUAAUUGAUAUGUAUAGUAAGAUUGGCCUAGCUGACUAUGCGAUUGGUGUGUUUUCAAGUAUGGAAUAUCUGGACUUGAUCUCUUGGAAUUCAUUAAUUAUGGGAUGUAGUAAAGCUGGAUAUGGAGAAUUAGCACUUAGUCAGUUUUCGUCUAUGAGAUACUUGGGGUAUCCACCUGAUCACUUCACAUGUUCUGCGGUGCUCACUUGCUGUACGAAUUUACGGAACUUGGAAAAGGGUAAGCAGAUUUUUGCUCUCUGUAUCAAGGUUGGGUUUCUUUCCAAUUCAGUUAUCUCAAGUGCCAUUAUUGAUCUGCUCUCGAAAUGCAACAGAUUGGAGCAUUCAGUUCAGCUCUUUAAAGAACUUGACAGAUGCGAUUCUGCAGUUUACAAUUCCAUGAUUUCAAGCUAUGCGUCUCAUGGCUUUAGUGAGAGUGCUAUCCAGCUUCUUGUGCUCAUGCUGAGGGAGGGUAUUAGGCCUACUGAAUUCACGCUAAGCAGUGUUCUGGCCUCCAUUUGUGGUAUACAGGCAGAUCAAGGAACUCAAAUCCAUUCUUUGGCGAUUAAAUCAGGUUUUGGGAUGGAUUUUAUAAUUUGUAGCUCACUUGUUCAUAUGUAUGCAACACUUGGAUUAAUUGAUUGUGCUCGGAGAAUUUUUGCAAGUAUAGCUCUGCCAGAUCUGGUAUGUUGGAAUAUCAUGAUUACGGGUUUGACUCUUAAUGGAAGAUUGGUGGAGGCAAUAGACACCUUCAAAGAGCUACAUAGAAGAGGUCCAUUGCCUGAUCAAAUAUCACUAACAGGAGUUCUACGAGCUUGUAGCUAUGGAGGUUUUGUUGAUGAAGGAAUUGCUAUAUUUUCAAUAAUGGAGGAAUAUUAUGGUGUUAAACCAUGCUAUGACAAUUAUGCUUGCCUUGUGGACCUAUUGUGUCAAGAUGGUAGGCUUGAUGAUGCAAUGGAAAUUACUGAAAUGAUGCCUUAUGAACCAAGUUCGAUGAUUUGGGAAUUGUUACUUCAUGCAUGUGGAGUUCAUGGGGAUGUGAGGCUUGUUGAGAAAGUGGCUCAGAGAUUGAUGGAGUUGGAGCCGCAGUUAUCUCUACCAUACAUUGUGUUGGGCCGUAUAUAUGAAAUGAGGGGCCAGUGGGAGGACAUAAUUCGGGUGAGGAAAGCCAUGAAGAGGAAUGUGGUGAAAAACUUUGGUGGGUGUAGUUGGAUUGUGAUAAAAAAUCAUGUAUACAGUUUUACAGCAGAACAGCUGCAGCAACAUGCAGGCAAGGAUAUCUACUCUGUUCUCAGAUUACUGACUUUGGAGAAGGGUGAAAUUACGCCCUUGGAAACAAAUUUGGCCGAAAUUGAUGCUAUGGAAUCAUGUCUUUGGUAAUAUAAGGUGUUUUCCAUGUGUUCAUGGCAGAAAGAUUGCUGCUACUAGUGUAAUGCUCAUGGAGCUAAAAAGGCAACUUCGAGCCUCAAAUCUUCAGGAACUAGUAUAUAUUGGAGGCUAGACAGGGACUACUAAGGCUACGGUCUCGAUUAAAUGCAGUUGCUUAUUUUUGCAGCUAUUGAUUCUGGGAGUUUUAACAACAGUGUUGCAGAGCAGCAGAUUGGAACUCAGAUGAGGUUGUUUGGAGUGUGUUAGUUGAUGAAGUACUGAAGGACAGACAACUGGAUCCAUAUGUGAAGCUACUUCAAAUAAUUCAGUCCAGUAAACACACUAUCAAUUUGUUCACUUCCAAGCUUUUGGCUGAAGAAAUUUCAAAAGUGGAUGGAUCUUUGAAAACUAAUCUGCUUGUUGACAAACAGAUACACACUACAGAUUGUUCCCCUGGUUAAGAUUUUGCGUGUUCAGUGAGCAUUGGCUCAUGAUUAAUUGAAUGCGUGUCAGUGUUUCUGCAAGUGAUAGUGAUGGUGAUGGCAAAAGUUCGCCAAAUUGUCUCCUUUGCAGCUCUGUGUCCGCACAAGGUGAGCAAGGCCAAGCAUAUACAAACUUCAAGAUCUGUUAACUCUAUGCUUCUCCUUGUGACAUUAAUUAUUUUUGCUCUGCCAAUGUGAAAUGUCUUCAGUUAACAUUUUGCUGAUUUAUCGUUGAGUCUAAUGCUAUUGCUAUUUGGUGGAAAUAGUAGGGCCUGGGAACUUCUCGUUUCCUUUGAGUGGUUGGUCACGGGUGGCUAACAAUAUUAUGCAAAAGCCCAUGAUUGAUCCAGUUGCAUCUUUCUCCACAUGUGUUGCUUCAUGGAGGGUUUGAUUCUCUAUUGGCAAUUUAGCUACCAAGAUUUUAUUCAUGAAAGCAUAUUCCACACCCUUUUUGAUGGAUUGGAGGCUGAAGUAUCAUGUAGUAUCUGGCCUUGAAGGCGUCCCUUGAGAGUGUGGAAUUCAGAGAAGCCGCCUAUAAACAGGCUAACAGAUGCUUUAGUGCAGGUGGCUAUAUUAUCAGAAUUGGGGCUCUGUAAAGGCUUAAGCAAUGUUGCUUGGAUGUGGCAAUGCAGUACAUUUUUCCAAGAUUUAAGGCAAGUGUACAGUCGCAUAUUUUGUGAUGUAACACUGAGUUAUCCCUUUUUGUUGUAUACCUAACCAGAUAAGUAUAGCUGACUACAUUUUAUUCAGGUGACCCAAUGUUCAUUCAAUAUUCAUUGCUCUAGUAGUCUAGUUUGGAUGUUCUUUUUUAACAGAAAGCAAUAAAAGUAUCAUCUCUUUUUUUCGAGGAAUAAUUAUAAUCUUUAGUAUUGCUGACAGAA